AUGGAAACUUCCCAGAAUUUGCAUUUAAAUUUGAAUGAUACAAGUGUAGAAAGUGGUACUGGCGAUCAAGAAAUGUUGAUUGAACCACAAAGAAAGAACGACGCUUCUCCGUCAAGUUCCAAAUUCGAAAGUGUCCCAUUAUCAACUCCAACGGAUGAGCAAUAUGGGGGAAUGGCUACAGACACCACUGUCAUUGGAAACGAUGAAGAGACUACAUGGCUUAUCUCCUUAUGGCAGUAUCUUGUAUCCUUAGCGUCUGGAACACUCAGCGUUAUAGAUUAUCUUGGCGGGCGUUUCGCUUGGUUUUUUGGAAUAACCACUCCCAAAUAUCAAUAUGUAUUGGACGAAGUAGAAAGGCUAAAGCGAAUGGAGGAGAUAGAAAGACUACAAGAAUUAAAGGAAAAACAAGCCGAGCUAACUGCUAUUGCCGUACAUGCGAGCGAUGCUUUGCAAUUAGAAGCAGAGAGACAGUCAGCAGAAACAGAUCUUGCUAGCGGCAACAUUUCCACCUUAUCUUAA